AUGCCUCGUCCUAAAAAAGUUUUUAGUAAUUGCAAAAAUGCUCGUAUUAGUAAAAUAAAUAAAUCUUAUAAAAAACUAUCAACUUCAAUUAAUACCAAUUUUAUUAAUUCUUUAGCAGAAUAUCAAUAUAAUUUUAUUACAAAUGAAUCUCAAUCUAAUCAAAUACAAGAUUUUCAACAAAAUAAUUUACAGAAUAUUAUAAACACAGAUUUUAAUUUAGAAAAAGUAAAAAAUGAUUUAAUAACAAAAAUUAAUUAUUUAUCUGAAGAAGAGUUAAAAUCAUAUUCUCAACUACUUAUUAAUAUGACAUACAAAGAUGGAUUAUAUAAAAGAAAAAUUAUAUCACCCUAUCUUCAAAAAAAAGCUAUGGAAUAG